AAGAAAGAUAGAAAAAAGCAGCUAAACCUCACAUUUAAAAGUCUAAUUUCUUCACGAGUCACUCAAAGCUUUUCCAGUUCAAAAGUUCACAUUAAUCAAUCACUGCCUAUCUUUCUUUCUUCCUUUUUUUUUUUUCUUUUUUCAAAAAAUAAAAUCUUCUUUUGUCUUGCUUCUGGUCCAUAGAGUGGAAAACAUAAACAUUAUUUUAAUAAUUAAUAAUAUUAAUAGUAAAGAGGAAGAUAGAACUUUGUUCAGAAAGAAGUAAAGACUGAACUUUUUACAGCUACCGACACGUCCGGCUCUAAUCAAGUGGCAGCUGGUUGUUAUUCUCUCUCUUUCUCUCUCCAGCUGUAUAGCUAUUGCGUUGGAAAUCUGAUCGAAGUAGGUUGAAUGGAGUCGAGCGCUGGCUCCAGCGAGCAUAACGUAAGGGGACUGCCAACUCACGGUGGUCGUUAUGUUCAGUAUAAUAUUUACGGCAAUCUCUUUGAAGUUUCUAGAAAGUAUGUCCCUCCUAUUCGUCCUGUUGGCCGAGGUGCUAAUGGUAUUGUGUGUGCUGCUAAAAAUGCCGAGACGCAAGAGGAGGUUGCCAUUAAGAAGAUUGGUAAUGCUUUCGACAACCGCAUAGAUGCUAAAAGGACUUUGCGAGAGAUUAAGCUUCUCCGCCACAUGGAUCAUGAAAAUAUUGUUGCUAUCAAAGACAUCAUACGACCUCCCCAGAAGGAGAAUUUCAAUGAUGUCUACAUUGUUUCUGAAUUGAUGGAUACUGAUCUUCAUCACAUAAUACGUUCCAACCAAUCAUUGACGGAUGAUCAUUGUCGGUAUUUUCUCUAUCAAUUGCUGCGAGGGCUCAAAUAUGUACAUUCAGCACAUGUUUUGCAUCGUGACCUAAAGCCUAGCAAUUUGCUCUUGAAUGCUAAUUGUGACCUUAAGAUUGCAGACUUUGGUCUUGCAAGGACUACAUCUGAAACAGAUUUUAUGACCGAGUACGUUGUUACUCGUUGGUAUCGGGCACCAGAAUUACUCCUUAAUUGUUCAGAGUACACUGCAGCAAUUGAUAUAUGGUCCGUGGGUUGUAUACUAGGUGAAAUCAUGACACGGCAACCAUUGUUUCCUGGCAAAGAUUAUGUUCAUCAGCUGAGACUAAUCACAGAGCUCAUAGGUUCACCAGAUGACAACAGCCUUGGUUUCCUACGAAGUGACAAUGCUCGAAGAUAUGUGAGGCAGCUUCCACAAUACCCAAGGAAAAAUUUUGCUACUAGAUUUCCUAAUAUGUCUUCAGGUGCUAUCGAUCUCUUAGAGAGGAUGCUAGUCUUUGAUCCAAACCGGCGCAUCACAGUUGAUGAGGCGCUGUGCCACCCUUACUUAGCACCUCUUCAUGACAUCAAUGAGGAGCCUGUUUGCCCAAGGCCUUUCAACUUUGAUUUUGAGCAACCAUCAUUUACUGAGGAAAAUAUCAAGGAGCUUAUCUGGAGGGAAUCCGUAAAAUUCAAUCCGGAUCCUUGAAUUGUAUGAUAAUGUGUUGUAUACUCUUAGGGACAUAUUCCAUGAAUCCAAUUUUCAUCAUGAUAAUAUAAAACCCAUCAUAGCCUCUGGGAAAAGAAAAGAACAUAUUGGGAUUCACUCAGUCAUCACGAAGAGUUUGAUUAAGUUUCAUCUCAGAUUGUUUCUCUUAUAGCAAUUGUAUGAGAUGGAGCAUAGGUUCUGUUCACGUUAACUGCAAAGAAUCUGUAAAGGUUUAAUUCCAAGUUGUCACAUGGGCAUACCAACUUGCUUUUGGGAUGGGGUGGGGGUGUUUGUACUUGGGGAUUCUGCAUUGCUGUGAGACCCAAUGCUCCUAAUUCAGUUUCUGAAAGUUGAUUUGGAUGUAAGUUCUUUGAUUUCUAGGCUUA